GCCCGUUGUUCGUUAGCGAGAAACCCCACACCCGAAAGGCUCGUUCCGCUGGAGAGGAGAGCGGAGCCACCCACGAGGCCGCGGGGCGCCCCGUUGAUCGAUCCCCGUCGAAACAGAGUGGGGAUCCUCCGCCGCCUAGUCCCGGAUCGCGUCGCCACCGUUCCUUCGCCUCUACGUUCGCCCGCCCCGUCUGCGCUGAAGGCGCCGCCUUUUUCUCUGUUCCGACUCAAGAAUCCCCCCCCCCCCCCCGUUGCUGAUCGUUUGAGCACUCCGAGAACCUGCUCGAUGGAGGAUCUCUCAGAACCACUUCUUGCAGAGAUCAUCACGAGGAUUACCAGAACAAGUGAUCUUAAUUCUCUUUCCCUUGUAUCAAAGUGGUUCUACACUGUCGAGGCAGAGGAAAGGGCCACACUUCGUGUUGGAUGCGGCCUUCAGCCUGCGACAGAAGCCUUGUUAUCGCUCUGCUCCCGAUUCCCCAACUUGCAGAGAGUAGAGAUCAAUUACUCUUGUUGGACAUCCAGCCAAGGGGAGCAGUUGGACAACCAGGGCCUCCUUGUGCUCUCAUCUUGCUGCCUUUCGCUUACAGAUCUCACCUUAAGGUUCUGCUCGUUCAUUGAUGACUCUGGUCUUGGUUAUCUAGCAUAUUGCAAGAAGCUCAUGGCCCUCAGGCUGGAUGCCAUCCCAGCAAUAACCUCAAGUGGGCUUUUCUUAGUGGCGGUUGGGUGCAAGAGUCUAUCUACUUUCCAUCUUGCCGACUGUAUGAAAGUAGGCAGUGUGGAAGCAGUGUCACCCCAACAUGAGUGCGAGCAGUUCAGGUAUGGGAGUUCCACUCAGCAGCAAAAUAUGGGAAUCAAGUGUCCGGGUGACACUGGCAUGGAAUGGCUGGAGUAUCUUGGCAGGGCCGGAUUGUUGGUAGAACUUGUGGUGAAGAAUUGCAAGGGAAUCAGCCAGUAUGACCUGCUAAAGUUUGGUCCAGGAUGGAGAAAGCUUCAGAAAUUUGAGUUUGUGAUCAAUGACCAUGAUCCCUCAUACAAUGUUGACUACCCAUAUAACUACUACAUCUGUUGUGAGAAUAUGAAGGAUUUGAGGUUGGCCAAAAUUGCAACACGGCCAAAAAUUGGACCUCGCUUUCUCUCGUGGAAGUGCAGAGCACUGGAGAAACUAUGUCUGCACUAUGUUGUUGGUCUAAAUGAGAGUGAGAUGAUCGCACUGUUCCAGAACUGCGGGAACCUUAGAAGUAUCUCACUUCGGCUCAUGCCUUUGCGCUGUGGUAUUUCUUUCAGGACGCCACUGACUGAUGAUAGCCUGAAGGUUCUAUCUCUCUGCUGCCCUAUGCUUGAGGUUGUGGAGCUCCCCUUUACAUUUUGUUCCACUAGUAGGCCAACAGAAAUAGGCUUCACACAGAAGGGUAUCGUAACUCUCAUUCAGACCUGUUCAAUUCGUGUCUUCGUACUAAAUGGUGCAAGCAUUUUCAAGGACGAAGGGAUGAAGGACAUCUCGUCUGCACUGUUAUUGGAGACACUCGAGCUCGUGGAUUGCAAAGGGAUAACGGAUGUUGGGAUCAGUUACCUAGCGCAUGCCCCAUGCUUGACUAGUCUCACUCUCCGGAAAUGCAAAAAUGUGACCAGUGUUGGAAUGGCCAAACUUGUACACUUUCAGAAAUUAGAGUCUUUGGCUGUUGUAGGCUGUCGUCUGAUCUCUGAGGAAGCUGUGCAGGGGUUAGCCAGAUCAGUUCACUACUCUGCCGAGUUCGAAGGCUACGGCAGUCUCAAAGGAAUGGAAAAUUGGUCAUAGAUUUAUCUUUGGUUGUGAACUUACGUCUCUUAUAUAUUAGUAGCACAAUUUGAAACUGGACCCUGCUAUGUUACCCUGAUCUGAGUUCAUACUUCGCAUGUUUUGUUCCGUUUAACAUCUUAAGGUUUUUGGUGAAGCUUCUACUGUCA